AUGCCGGCCCUAGGAGGAGGUUCGUUAAUCGUCUUGACGGCACUUGGUCCCGUCCUUCUGAAGACAUCCGUACCUGCCGGAGGAGCCGCAGCGGUGGGUUCACUGGGCGUGGCUCCAGCUGCACUUGGUGCCGCCGCUGCAGGGACAGCGGUGGCAGGAGGAGGGAAGGCAGCCGGCGUGGCUCUGAUUUCCAAGGGCGCCGCAGCAGCACUAAAAGGGUCCGGCGGCUUUCUUUCGAAAGCUACAGGAACAGUGGUUUCUGUCCCGCGGUCAAGCUUCGCUGCAACGACGGGAGAAGCAGCGCACGUGGCAACUCAUAGUGCCCAGAUUACCCUUGUAGCAGCAAAAACGACGGGAGGCACGGGGGCGGCAGGCGUAGCAGGAGGUGUGGCAGCAGGCACUGCUUCCCCUCCCGGUGCGUCAUGGCAUCCGCCGCCUGCUGUGGUGGGGCCUCACCACCCUGCGGGAGCGAUCAGCAGCGGCGCUUCAUCUGCUCCACACAGCCAUCCACACAUCGGUCCGCGUGGGACCAGCAGCCAUGCACGGCUACACCCUCCACACGCGCAUGGGUCUGCGCCAGCCAACGAAGGACAUCUGCAAGGCAGCAGGGGGUAUGUCGGCGAUGGGCGGUCUGUAAACAGCUCCCCUUACGGAGCCCACGGACACGGGGCACCCGCUGUCCCGGCGAGUGGCCCAGGAACCGCAGGUGAUGGGACUGCGUCUACAUCUCCUGGAACAGGAGAGGCCGUGGGGCUCGACCAGUCAGGAGGCGGAGAUGUCGCGCCACCAGCUGGAAGCAGGGAGGUGGCAAUGAUCACUACCAUUGCGGGGCUUUCUCUCCUUCGUUGGGCCGCAGGGCAACUGUGCUGUGGAGGCCGCCCAAAGGCAAGGGAGGCGGCGGGGACUACAAAGGCAGGAAUUAGAAAGUGGAUGACAAAGCGCGUUUCGCGGUGGAGCCGUGACGAAGAGGUUGUGGUACCUCUCAAAAACGAGGACCGCCUGGCGCGUCGCCCGUGUGACAGUGAGAACGGCAGGAGGGUAGGCGCAGUGUCCGGCGCAGGAUACACCGGGUAUACUGAGAUUACGGCAGCAACUGGUGACAAGUCCUCAGCGAUAGUGCUCACUCGCGCUGGGAGCGACGGGGGGAAAGAAUCCGUUGACGGAAUUAAUUCGCAUGCAGAGAGUGAAACAACCACGUCAGCGAGUGGUGAAGACGACAGCGAGAAAGAUCCUCAAAACAGUCUUCACGAAGAUGCGAUGCCUGAGCAGCAAGUCCCAGUCCAGACUCAGGAAGACCCUACCAGUUUUCAGACCUUCGUUUACAUUCGAAGAAGGCGCGGUGGACGGAUGGCCAAUUUUUUGUAG